GCAUUUUGUGAUAUCAAAAUUCGAAUAUUUUUUGGUGACCCACGCCUAUUCGUAACGUGCUAUCGUGAAGAAUUUGAACAGUUUACUUCCUGUGUUCACUCUUGGUACACCCACGCUGCUCGUUUAUUGCCAUCGCACGCCGUCAGAGUGAGAGAGUAAGCGAACGAAGGGUAUUGAUUACCCACCGCCAGUUUCGAGAUUCGUUUUUCCCCGUGAAUCGUCAAGCUACAGCCCGGACUUGGCGUGAGUACAUGCUCGUCAGGUCAAGUGAGGUCAGCUUACAAGUGCUUUUACAGUAAUCUAAAACAUUUUGGGCAUGUUUACACGAUCAUGUACCGAGCUUUGCGGAUUUUAGAAGAUACACAUCGGUCUUUCAGCAAGUGUCUACGCACAACCAUGUUAACAUACAAGACUAUAAAACAAUAUGGGAGAAACUUUGGGGCGGUCAUAACCGAUACUACUAGAACAGUGAACUCCAAGAACGCAAGUAAUUAGAAACAGAACUCAACAGCACUGACAUCCAAACAGGGUUUCGACAAUGGAGAACCCGUCACCAGCAAAUGCUCUAGAAAGUAAUGGCAACAAUCCUGAUACAAAGCAGACGAAUACAGAGACCGAGCAUGGGGACGAGAAUGACGAAGAGAACACCAACAAUAACCAUCAACAUCACACUGUUAUGGGAAGUCUGCAUCCACCAUUGGGUCUGACUUCUACACCCAAAGGCAGCGUUGAAGACCUGAGCGAGUAUACCGACGCUGAUGAAUCCAUCUCCUCUGCUCCAACAGAAUUCCUUGCCGAGUUCCUGUCUGCAGUAAUGCUAAAAGAUUAUGAAACAGCCCUCAAAUACUGCAAACUGAUUCUGCAAUAUGAACCCAACAAUGCUACUGCCAAAGAAUUCUAUCCAUUAAUUGUUGAGAAGUUGCAUCUCAUGGAGGAGCAGGAAUCAUCCAACAGCACUAGCAAUAGUGAAAGAAGCGAAGACAAUGGCAGUGGGAAUGACGACUCGAGCAGCGACGGUGAAGAGAAACCCACAAGGUCAUCUGAGUCUGACUCAGACGCAACCACCGCAAGUUACUCAAGUCUGGAAGACGAAGAAGCCGACGGCAAUGACAAGCAUCAGAAAAAUGACAAUGCUGAUGCAGAUAAUGGUAAUGACACUAAAGGAACAGCACUGAAGGCGUCCUCCAUAGCGAAACUCAUCAAAGAUAUGACAGUGGGGCCACCUGGCAGCAUAUUGGUAAGUGGAGGAACCAACAGUGAGCCAGCCACUACCACAAAUCAUGCAUUUCAGAGCACAAGUUCUGAUUCUGAAUCGCCUACUGAACCUGUGAGCCAACCAACCAUAGCUCAACUUCAUGCCAAAGCGAUGCCAGGCAAAACAAAGUAUUAAUAAUAUAUGGAGUAACAGGGAGAGUUCACAUUAAAUACAGUGCUAACUGUAUUGCUAAACAGUUUAUAUUUAGAAACAUUAAACUGGUGGCACAGAAGACAACUA